GACAGCGAUAAAGUGGAAGGGCUCCCAGAGCAGGACGGGUGUGCCUUUCAAAGACAAAAGAAAGUGAGGCAGACUCCACAACAGGGCUCUAAUUGGACACAAAGAGAGAAGAAGAGGGAAACACUCUUUAAAUUCAAUCUGAAACUACAAAACAUAUCAUCAAGAGGACAAACGGAGCAGAUAAACAUGGAUCUAAAGACUGAAAACUCCUCAAAUGGCUCCACACCAGAGAUCAACUUGCAGAAGCUACACAAGAUGGCUGCAGAGGUGAUUCUGCUGGGAAAAUUCAUCCUCAGGCUGCUGAAUGCUGCUCUGGUGUUAGUUACAAACUUACUGGCCAGGAUUUUAGGAAGUGACCUGGUCAGACAACAUUUCCACCUGAUGCUGUCUGCUUUGGUUCUGUUUGGUCCUGUGCUGAGUUUCUGGGUGUCGAAGUACAGCAUCUUCGCUAACAGCAACCACUACCUGUACAGGAAGUUCCUUAGAUCCACUUGGGGUUGGACCUGUAUAUUCACAGCUUCCUUCAUCCUCCUCCUCUCCAUCUCAGCCCGUCGCCCCCUGUCUCUCCUCCUCCGCCACCUCUCUAGGAUAGGGGUCGUGGGGUUGCUCUGGUGGGGCUGUCAGCGUCUCCUGAACCUGCUGGAUGAUGCAACAGGAACCUGUUAUGAACCUAUGACCCCUGCCCAGGACAUCCAAGAUGCUGCCUCCUCGGUGCAGCCCCUGCUCCUCCUACAUGAAGACCAAACCAAGGCCUCCUGCCUCAAAGCCCACAUGGUGUGGAGGGGUUACGAAGUGUCCCAGGACGUCCUCAUCGUCUGCUUGUGUUGCCUGCUGCUUGUGGAGGAAAUGUCUGUCUUUGGUCUUCAUCUGGCUCAAACCAAGCCUCUGCAGAGGUCGCCCGGCACCCCUCUAAGGUUCAUCUUCCUCCUGUGUGUGGCUCUGCUUGCUGUUUGGAUGUUCCUGCUGCUGUGUUUGCUCGCACACUUCCCUAAGUUCCCCUCCCAGCAGUUAGGAGGAGCUCUGGGCUACCUGGGAUGGAGGGGACUUUAUCAGGGAUGGUACAGACUAAAAACAAGCUGGGGCUGUCCUGGUUUGCCGGGAGAUGGACUUUUCACCACCACAGACAUCAACAAGUAGUGUGACACCCUCAGUAGAUGAUGUUUUGGGCAUGUGCUUGUGACCCUGAAAGCUCAAGCUGAAGUUUUGGAAAGUGAAAAUGACUUCUCUUCAGGGUUG